AUGUUUUGUGGCAAAUUAAUCUUAUGCCACCACGCCCCCUCUGGCCCAACCGCUGUUCCGUCUGUCUGGACCCUAAGGCGCCACAGGCAAAUUCUCCUCGACGUGAUUAAGUCGGCACGUAGCGAGAUGUUUGGGGUCUUUCUUCGAUCCAAGGGAGCCUGGGCACGAAAUUUAACCACGGUUUCUGCCACCCCGGACCCCACCCCCGACUUGAGUUGCAGUUCGCCACCCAGUGAUAGAGGGCUUGUCAUUGGCGCAACAGGUCGCCAGUUCAAGCCGGACAAAGGAGGCACCACCACUUCGGGUACCAUCUCUGAAACGUGCACCACUCGCCUGGGCCGAGCCGUUUGUACUGGCUGGGUGCACAUUGCCUGCGCAUCAACCUCGGCGGGAUUCACUAGAGGUGAGGGGCGCAGGGAGGAUAAAGGCGUGCGCCGGCCUGCAUUACCACUCUCCACCCCGUUUUCCGUCUCUAAGUGCUCCACAUUGAUGACGGGUGAUCACCUGGUUGGGUAA